AAACACGUCCAAGACAACUCAUUCCCUGCCACAGCAGACAGAUACCAAAAGAGAACAUCAUUCAAAUCGAAUCGAUUUACAAGCCAUGUCUUUCUUCACUUUAUUCGUCGAGUUCUGUAUUUUCGCCAUGGGCCUCACUAGCCUCGCUGGUGGAGUCCUCGCCCUCUGCAACCCACGAAACCAGUACCAACUCAAGGGCAUUUCAGAGAAGAGAUCCUCUGACGAUCCCGCCAGCUUCGCGCCGAUAUAUAUGCUAGCGGCUAGAGAUAUCUCAUUCGGCAUUUUUAUCCUAGCACAUCAAUUCCACGACAACCAUACCGCGAUCGCUACCAUCCUGGCUGUCAUGAGCUUCAUGAAAUUCGGCGAUCUUCUUACUGUUCUUGCAGUUGGAGACGGAAACAGGUCGCUCCCGGGUAUCUUACACUUCUUUAUGGGAAUUGGGUAUUUAGGCUGUAUGGUGUACCUGUCCAAAAACUAGUUCUAUAUGGAGAACAAAUAUGUGCUGAAUCAUCGUGCCAUCGGUGUCGGGUUGUACUCAUUUACUGAUACGGAAGGUUAAACAACUAGUCGACAUUCCGAUUCGGCACUCCGACAUCUAAGUAUAUAAAGGGGAAGGUUUGAGAUGGACUGGUGCCAUGAGAUGAAGCCGUUAGCAAUCUGAACUUUGCGCCCGGCUAGGCGGUUCACCAGCGCCACUUUGAUACGACAUUGGUGGAACAAGGCCGAUGCAGGAUACCGAAUCUGGGGUCAAAAGGGAACCAGAAGCUCGGAACCCGGCGGGAUGAUGGCUUGGGGGCCUAAAUAGACUUUGGAGGGUGGUGCUUUUAGGUGGCAUUGCUUGAUCGUAAUUAAACCUUGUUCGAUUACCAACAUACGUCAACGCCAUGUGCCGAGAACGAUAGAAGUCAAGGUUAUUCGGGUGAUACAACUGCAAAAUAUGUUGAGAUGGUUCACAAUAAUCCAGUAGAAAGUAUUUUGCCGCUGGAAUCACUAAGUAAAUAGUUUCUCUUCCCGUAAUUCGCCGUAGACAAGCCAGCGUACUUUGAUUGACUGUCAUCUUCUCUGGG